UCUUCUCUGUUUCCGUUCCCUCUCGCGCUCUCCCUCGCUCGCUCACUCGCGAAACCAAGAAAGGGGGAAGAAGAUUGCGGCAGAAUCCAGCGCCACGUCUCGUUGGUUCUCCGCUGCCGAUGGAUCCCUUCUCGUCUCCUUCGCCGUUGGGCUCCUCGUCGGAGCAGGCAGCGCCGUCGGCCGAGGCCCUCAUGGACCAGCUCAAGAACCAGCUCGCCCAGGCCUACGCCGAAGAGUUCUUCGAGACUAUAAGGAGCAAGUGCUUUGCCAAGUGCAUCACAAAGCCUGGAACAAGCUUGAGUGGAAGUGAGAGCAGUUGCAUCUCGCGUUGUGUGGAUCGCUACAUCGAGGCAACUGGUAUCAUCAGUCGAGCUCUUUUCAGUUCACCUCGUUAGUUCCAAGCAUAGCUUAAUUUGGUCAGUGAGCUUGGUGAUCAUGAGCCACCCCUACAAGGCUAUGCAUCCAUUACUUGUUUUGCAACUUGACUUUACCUUCCAUCCUAUAUCUCAUUUCUUGUUGCUAAUCCCAGAGGUAAAUUGUGAGCAUUGUUGAUUGGCUGAAAGUUUAUAUCUUGUCACGAAGUCGGAGACAAUUUUAAAGACAUUAUUCCAACAAUUUAUCAUGAUGUCAUGUUUUCUUA